GGCCAGUCUAGCGAUGAGCAAACGCUUUGGUUGGACUGAGUUGAAGUCACUCGUUCGUAGCCUAGACAUAGAUUGACAUCUUCCUUGUUCCAUGAUGUUCCUGUGGGGAUCAGUCAAAACCUGGAGCCCCAAUCCCGGGUCGCUUAACCUGGGUAGGUCAACCAGUCGGUCUCCUGUUUCUGACCUUGGAUUUGGCUGUUUUGCCAUGCCAAAAUGACCAGGUUGUUUGCCCGCGUCAUCCCUGUUUUCGGCUCUGUUGAGACGGACGGGUCUUCUCAGGAGGCGAGCCCGGUGAGGGCCCGGGCAUCAUGGCUGGAGGGCCACCGGGCGGAGGGCCUGGAGGCCCUGGAGGCAUCCAGCAAAUCUUUGAACGAAACCAAGAGGCAACGAUCUAUGUGGGCAACUUGGAUCCCAAGAUCGAUGAGGAAGUCUUGUGGGAGCUCAUGGUGAAUUGUGGUCCAGUGGCCAAUUUGCAUCUCCCUCGUGACAAGAUCACCAACACUCAUCAAGGAUAUGGUUUUGUCGAGUUCAAGAACGAAGAGGAUGCCGACUAUGCCAUCAAGAUCAUGAACAUGAUCAGGCUUUUUGGGAAGCCAAUUCGGUGUAACAAGUCUUCACAAGACAAGAAAACCAAUGAGGUUGGUGCCAACCUCUUCAUCGGCAAUUUAGAGCCUGAGGUGGACGAGAAGAUGUUGUACGACACCUUCUCUGCCUUUGGAGUCUUGCUUUUUGCCAAGGUGAUGCGUGACCCUGACAACGGCUUGUCCCGUGGUUUCGGCUUCAUCUCCUAUGAUACCUUUGAGGCAUCCGACGCCGCGCUGGCCGGCAUGAAUGGGCAGUUCCUGUGUAACAGACCCAUCAGCGUGUCCUAUGCCUACAAGAAGGAGACCAAAGGAGAGCGCCACGGCAGUGCCGCCGAGCGGCUCAUUGCCGCCAACCGUCCGAUCAAGGACACGCCGGGCGGGGGCGGCGGGCCGGGGGCCGGCGCCCCUCCAGUGCGGUCCGGCAUGCCGCCCAACAUGCCACCGCCACCAAUGGGGUGAAGCGGAGAGUAGCAAAGCCUGACGCCGUAGUAGGAAGCCGCGAUGCAAGGUUGACCAAAAGUGCUCGGAGCUUUGAAUGAUGGGUGGUUUGAAAUUGAUUCAGUCAA